AUGGCUUCCAGUACUCGCGCACGAUUGAGCCUUGCUCUCCUCGCUCUCGUAGUUGCCGCCGCGACGUUCCCCCUGGGAAGAGACUCUUCGGCGCGUGAGCCAGCUGCUCCACCGCCGCCACCACCACCGUCCUCUGGUCUCGUCCUUCCUAUCUCUCGCCGUGGUCUGCGCCAAGGACCUCCGGUAACAGACGGUAAUAAUGCUGUCUUCGACCCGACCUUUCCUCGCGCCGAGCUCCAAGGUGUCACUGAGAAGUACAAGAAUGCUGCUCAAUUCUUGUCUGGCAUCGGUCUGAACCCAGACGACGCGAUCGAGAUCGCGAAUAACUACGGCGGACCUGCGCAACCCUUCGAUGUAGCUUCGAAUGCAACCGGGGCAUUGCCUGGUGUCGCUUCCGUUCCUGCAACAGAUCAGACAACGUUUGACCCCAACGCUGUCGGAAACCUAUCUCGACGUGCGGAUGAUACCGCGUCACCUCAGAGAGGGAAUCUCCUGCCAGUGAGCGGCGGUCGGGUUGGCACGGAGCCUCUCAGGGAUUAUAUCUCGGGAACCGAAGACUUACUCUACUAUGGCCCGGUCAGUAUCGGUACUCCCGCACAAACGUUUGCGGUGGACGUCGAUACUGGCAGCUCUGAUCUCUGGGUGCCCUCUGGCUGUCGGCGGUGUUCUGGCAAGCAGUUCGACCCUUCCCGGAGUUCAACGUUCCGUAGCGAGGGGAAACCUUUCUCUGUUACUUACGGUUCCGGACACGUUUCCGGCACUCUAGCGACUGAUGUCGUGACCUUCGGCGAGCUCAGCGUCAGUCGGCAGGUGUUCGGCGCGAUUCAUGACGAAUCAUCAGACUUCUCUGGUCAGCCCAACGAUGGUCUGAUCGGCAUGGCGUUCGGCACGAUCGCGACCAGCAAAGCUCCCACAUUCUUCGAGAACCUCAUUCGCCAGCACACCGUACGCUCGCCACUCUUUGGUAUACAUCUUGAGCGAGGACGCGCCGUGGGGUCAGAGGUCUGCCUUGGAUGCGUCAAUUCGAACAAAAUGCUCGGCCCGAUAACAUGGAUUCCUGUGACGUCCCAGACGUACUGGUCAGUCUCACUCGACGCUGUGACUACAGGUGGUGGCACCAUCCGCGCCAACUGCGUCGCCGCUAUGGACACGGGAACGACGCUCAUCUACCUACCUGAACGCCUCGUUUCUGCCUUCUACCGUUCUAUUGGCGGGCGACCUGCCUCGCAGUACGGGGAAGGGUUCUGGACAUACCCUUGCGCGGCCAACCUGAACAUCAACUUCGUGUUCGGCGGCCAUGGUUUCUCGCUUGAUCCUCGCGACUUCAGCUUAGGGCGGACCUCGUCACGGUCGCUGGACUGCAUCGGCAGCGUGCUCUCGCUCAGUGGAGGCAAUGGCUUCCCAGAAAACUUGGCAAUCAUCGGUGACGCCUUCUUGAAGAGCUGGUAUUCCGUGUAUGACUACUCAGAAGGUGUAAGGGUAGGAUUGGCUGCCGAUGUUAACCAACAGCGUGAUUGA